CAGUUUAAACAAUGAUAACAUGCGGUAUACUGUACAUAUUAUUUUUAUACCCAAGCUAUGCACUUGUACAGGGAGCGCAUAACACAACACUAAAAUAUGGACAAGAACAUUCCCUUAAAGAGCGAUCUUUUUUUGAACUCGAUUCGCAAUUUUCCAUCCCCGAAAAAAAAUCCUUUGUUUGCUUGGAUUAUAACCAAUUUCACACAGGCACAAGAAAAUUACAUCGUAGAGCGACUGAUGUACAUAAACUCUGUGACCUGCAUCACAUGGAUACGUGCAAGUCUGGACAACACAGAAUCCAUCACGAAGAACUAUAAGACCCCGCAUCUGGUCGAGUUUGUUCCGGCAGAAAAGGGCUGCAAGGCAGAUGUGAACUCGCCCGCCGCCAAGGCUGCCAACAGGUGGGCCAAGGUGUAUGUAUCUCCUGAGUGUAUCAACUUCAGGAGCGUAGUCCACCAGAUAGGGCACGCCAUGGGGUUUGGCCACGAGCAUCAGCGAAUCGAUCGGGAUUGCUAUGUAAAAAUAGAUCCGAAAUUGGAAUUCCAUCCGCUGCUCAAUAAGGUCAAUGCUAUAGAUAUUUCCUUCCCUUACGACUUGUACAGCUCUAUGCACUACCGGCGUUCCGAUUAUAUAAAGUACGCUCGUGAAGGAGAAAGAGACGCUACGAAGACGCUAGGAAGAUACGAUGAUACUCUGAGUGGCUUGGACAUAGCAAAGAUCGAGUACAGAUAUUGUGGAGCGAAGCACUUUUGCGACAGACGAGCUGGAAGUUGUCUGCCUAAGGACAAGAACGGCUGCUCUUUCAAACCCUAGUUUAAUUUCCUAUGACAGCAAUUGGACACUUUUUUUCUAAAUCGACCGCUUCCAUAUAGGGGUGAAUUAUGGAAGUAUAUUCCAAUUGCUAAUUACAAUUUGCGAAUUCACUGAAGUUUAGAAUGUGUUACUCAUCGGUUUAAUGUCAGAACACAAUCAAAUUGUCACAAAUAGGAGUGGAUAAUAGUUCAAAUAUUAAUCUAACUUGCUUUAAUGCAGAAAUAUACAGACAAUUUAGAGCAACCAUAGCGAUAAUAUGGGAUUCAUUCUUGACAGGUUCGAGGGCCAAACCAGUUCACUUGCUAUUGCAAAAAAGGCUAGUAACAUAAUCUGGUUACAGCGGUUAUUGUAUAAAAUUAAAUUUUUGGUUUAAAGUACUCUAAAUACGGAAGCACAUAGUAAACUAGCACAAUCAAUAUAAACAUGUUAGUUUAAUUAGAGUAAACGUAUUGUUCCAUUUUUUCAAUCAUUACAAUAUUACAACUUUGUUUCAUUAGGAAAACCUAAACAAUUCUGCAAUAAUUUAAAGGAAUAUUUUUAUUUAGAUUAUCGGGACUAAUACUUUGUGGAUAAAAGAGUAUUGUUGGUUAAAGUGGUUCAUUAUAAAAUUUUGAAAUUGAUGUCCUAUAAAUAUGACAUUAGUAGGAAAUGGGCUUUAUCUCUUCACAAACACACAGAAAGAAGAAGAUAAAAGCACAAAAUAUUAGUUUAAUUGCUAAAGUUGUAAAUAAGUUAUAAGAAUUCCUUAGUUAUUCCGUAAAUAUUUACUUAAGAAUGUAUUAUUCAAUAUUUAUUGCAAAGUAUAAUUACGUAAUUAGGAAUUAAUUCAGUAAUAUCAGACGUAGCUUUAUGAUGGAAUAGAUUAAAGUAAUAUUUAUAGUUAUUUACUUUAUAUUUAUAUCUCUAACUUUGUUUAAUGGCAUUUAAAUUUUAUUAAAUAUAUUGGAUUAAUGGUACGAGUUUUGUUGUGAUCAAAGUUUGUGUAAAUUUCAGUUCAUACUAUUUUUUAUUUAUUUAGGCCUUCAAUAAAUUUAGUAGUUAUUAAUAAAAUAUUAAUAAAAUAAUUUUAAUUUUUAAUAAUUAUAACUGUUCAUGUUUGUCAGAUUGUAUUUAAUUUGACUGUACACAGUUAAACUCUUUUGUAAUGAUUGGCCGAGCAUUAGCAAAACCUAUUAUUC